AUGGCGGCCACAGCACCUCCUCGCGGGCUCGCCCCCAACGCUUCGUUACCGGCCAAGGUCCAGCCCAUCCCGCCCAACCAGACUCUCUACGUGACAAAUCUACCGUCAUCCAAGAUCCAAAAGGCCGACUUGCGAACCGCCCUGUACAUGCUCUUCUCGACGUACGGCCCUGUUCUCGAUGUCGUCGCGCUCAAGACGAUGAAGAUGCGCGGCCAGGCACACAUCGUCUUUCGGGAUAUCCAGGCUGCCACGCAGGCUAUGAGGUCGCUAGACGGACAGCAGUUCCUCGGCCGUCCACUGAAGAUCCAGUACGCCAAGGGCAAGUCGCUCUUCGUCUCCAAACUCGACGGUACCUUCAAGAUUCCCAACAUGGGAACAGGAGCCGCCGAGGUGGAGCAGACGGAGCUCCAGCAGAGCAUCUUCAACGCACCGCCUCCAGGCGCUGCGAAGGCGGCCGGCGGCGGCGGUCUGCCUUCCAAGCCUGCCGCAUCUACCGACCAGGCCAUGAAGGACUCCGGAGAUGAUGCUCGUGGUCACAAGAGGACGCGUGACUCCGAGGGGGAGGAGGAGGACAGCGACGGGGAUGUGGCCAUGGAUGAAGACAGCGAUGACGAAUAG